GUUGAUGUAAGUCUUGUAGGUAUUGAGCAUACAACAAUGACAACUCCAAGUACAAUUAUAUUAAAAUGCUCAAUACUCCUAACUGUACUACUUGCAUUUGAGGCCAGAGAGACUAUAGCUUACAGUUUUGGUUAUAGGGUAACAGUUUUUAUUUACAAUAAGGUAUUGACUCCAACUCCUACAAACAUCACUGUUCGUUGCAAAUCUAAAGAUGACAAUCUUGGAGAUCACACACUCAUGCCUGGAGAAACCUAUGAGUUUUCAUUCAAACCAUCACAUCUUCCAUUUAAAAAUACGUUAUUCUUCUGUGGUUUUACAUGGCCUGGAAACCCACAUCGACAUUAUCUUGACAUUUACGACCAAGCCCAUGACCACUGCAAACAGUGCUCAUGGGAUAUAAUCCUAGAAGGAGGCUGUUUCUAUGAUGGUAAGUGCGUACCUUGGAAAAGUAUCGAGUUCAUGGAAGCAUACAACACUUCAAAGUGGCCAGGCAAGAAGGGAUCGCAUGAAUUGGCUUAUGGCCACCCUCUAACCUAAUAAAUUAUUUAUUUUAAUAUACACCGUUGUCGGAGCUUAACCUUGUACUUUCAAGGUAUUCAUUCAAAAUCAUAGCAUUUGACGGUUGUAAAAUGGCCAUGUAAUGCCAAUUUAAUUAAUAA